UGGCCCAAGUUCGGAAGGAAAUUUUCGGCAACGCUUCAUAUCUAAGUCCUUACAAGACCCCCUGCCAGUGCGAUGGCACCCAUCGGUAACCAGACUGCAGCGGACUGUGACAAGCUACACGGCAAGCGCCAUCUCACCGAGGCCCUCGCCUGGGCGGACAUGGAAGACGACGAGCCAACCCUUCUGCUGCUGGCCGAUCUCGUUCCGGCGACCUGUCUUGCACGCAGCGACCUCCUUCAGCCGUGCUCGGCCCCGGAGGUCUGCAAGCCGCUGUCGCCGAUAGCCACAUCUGGCACGCAGGCGAUCUCAUUGGUGCUGACGCGCGGAGCACGGGACAGCGUCCCUCCUCCAGCAGCUGCGGGCGUCCGCACGCCACUCUCCGCAAAGUCGAGACCGUUCAUCUCCAGGCACGGUGUGGCACCAUCUCUCGUGAGCCAGCGGGCGCAUUCGCCUGCUGGCAAGGCUGAUCUCGGAGAGGGCGGUACGCAGACGGGCAUGGAAACGGAGACUCGCACCACGGUGAUGCUGCGCGGCCUUCCCAGCACCUUCAGUCGCAAGAUGCUGGUCGGUUUGCUGCACGCCCACGGCUACUCGGGGCAGUUUGACUUCGUGUACCUUCCAGUGCAUUUCGAGACCUUCGAUACCCAAGGGUAUGCGUUCGUAAACCUGACACAGCCAGCGGCCGCCGAGCGCUUCAGGGCAUUCUUCGAGGAUUUCAACGGGCACCCCUUCUCGGCCUUGAGGCCCAGCGGCACGUCCUGGAGCCGGCUGCAAGGGCUCGAGGCAAACGUCGAGAAGUACCGGAGCAGCUACGUCAUGUGCGAGCACGUGCCCGAGGAGUGCCGGCCGCUGCUCUUCCGCGAGGGGUUGCCGCGCCCCUUCCCGGAGCCCGCCGUGAAGCGCAAGGGGCGCGCGAAUUUCCGCUGGCGGCGCAGCGUCGCUUGAUGCAGGAUCCGACGAAGGCAAGACACCAUGAAGAAAAUCCCGGACCUCCGACAAAAUGACUUCUUCAAUAUGUGUGUCCCGUCUUCGGGCCCCAGGACCAUCAAAAAACGGGUCCAGGGCGAAAAGCUAGCUUUGGGUCGGGAGUCGCGAUUUCUGGGGCCGCGGAUUGAAAAAAAACAUAUCGGCGGAGUCAGGGAAUGAAUGUUCUAGGGUCCGCGCGGAUCUCGUGGACAUGCGCUGAACCACCCAGGCGGCGCCGAUCCAAUUAAUUUCCGGCCCUUUUCGAGAGUUUACGUGUUUGCAUGCAUUUGUUCUUCGAAGGGCGCGCGGGCGUGAUCCGGGUUUGCGGGCAGUUCUCGAUGGCGUGCCAGAAAUCAGGCUGAAAGGUUUGGUGACAGGUGCGCUUGCUCUGACCCUUCCAUCUAGGCGAAAGUGUGUAUUCCACGGCGGUGAGGCUUCUGAUGGCACGGUCUACAAACACGUCCUCGAAGCUUUGAAGCCAGAGGUGCAUUGGAUAUGGUGUCAGGGCCGUUGCAGGAUUGAUGCCCCCCGCCCUCCCUCUCCUUGCAUUUCCCAUCAUUUCCCUCUUUCUCUAUAUCCAGUCUACGACGUCACACUCGGAAGAUGUGUUCAUCAGUAACACUCUCAGAGCGUGUGUGCAUGUGAACGCUCCUGUGCGUGGGAAUGGGUUUCCCCGUGCAAGAGUUCAUUCUAGCACUGACUAUGCGAAUUGUGUUGGUGUUGGUCCCGUGGUUGCGCGUCAAAUGAUGUUGCCCAUCCAGCCGACGCAGGGUGCGGUUCAUUGCCACUGUGUUUCAAUUGUAGGGGUGCAUGUUGCUCGUCUUUCAGGAGCACCUUUCGCAUCGUUCGAAGUGGAGUAUUGGCCCCGACGAUGGAUGCGAAAUGUAACCAUUAUCCAGAGCCCCUUCUGCGCCAUCGACCAAUGUAGCUGCAGUUCGUCGAGGAGUGCUUGGCUCCAGCGAGGCUGAGACUACAGAAACUGCCCGCCGAGUCUCUGCCACUCUGGGGUAACCUAAAGCAGCCAGCACGAUGGCGCCCCCUCUCGUUCUCCCUCGUUCUCUCGCUCUCUCUCUCUCUAUCUCUAUCUCUAUUCCCCUCUCCUUCUCUCUCCCUCUGUCUUGCAUGUACAUACAUUGGCGCCCACUGCUUAGACACAUACAGAUACGCUCAUACAUAGUUACAUGGAGAAAGUGGGACACUGCGACACCAGCGUACACUCGAGCAAAUGAACUCGCGCCAUGCCGCCCCGGUGCCCCUCUGACUGAUUCGUGGCUUGACGUCAGUAUGGUUAGACUGUUUUGUGGGUCCUCCUCCGUGUCCUCAACCAGCGGCUUCCUCCUUUGUCCUCGUCCUCCUCCG